UCGAGCGACUAGGAGCGUGUGUUUAGUUUUUUUAUAGAACAAUUAUUAUUGUUUGUGUCACUUAUUUGUUUUCAUCAGAAUAAUACAGACAUAAAGUACAAGAUCGCGCUAAAUUGUUUGAUACCGACAAAUCAUUAAAAACAUUUAUUACAUGCAAUUUCUUUUUUUUUCUUUAUUCGUUUAGUUUUUUUAAAUAUUAGUUAAAAAAAAUUGUGGCACUUAAAUGUUUAACUAUGACUAAUUAACAAACGAAUAGAAAUUUAGAACUCAGAGUUGUUUAUGAAUGAUUGUAAGACACUUUUUCGAGUGUGGUGAAUUUCUUUAGCACACGUACGUAAUUGUUUUUAGUGAAUUUGUUUUGUUCAAACAACUUUUAUGAUGAAGCUGACAGUUGCUGUGCUUUUGUUCUUGUUUUCGAACGCCUAUUCAUGGGGACGCGGGGACUUGGAAAAGUAUGGACCAUUUCAAAUUGCUUUGCGGUCGAAUUUAAUCAAAUGUGAGCACGACAGGACUCUAAACUUGGAUGUCAGCGGUAUCGACGUCUAUUUUUACGACUUUCCCCGAAAUGACGUCGAAACCUUCACGAUCGACAAUGCGGCUAAAGGAAUCCUCGCUAUAAAGGAACUCGACAAAACGAGGAAAUUCAUUAUCUUCGUGGCAGGAUACAAGUCUAAUAUCAACAAAAGAACUGAGGAACGCGUUCGAGACACCUUCAGAAACUAUCCCAAUAGCUACUUGAUAAUCCUGGACCAUUCCCCGUACACCAAUGACAACCAAGGACAAAUCAAAAGCUACGAGCGAUCAGUCAGAUAUGUCCACUAUAUUGGGAAAGCAUUGGCACAAAUGUUGGCUGGCUUAAAAGAUGGAGGUAUAAGCCCGAAAAGCAUGCAUUGUAUUGGCCAUAGUCUAGGCUCCCAAAUUCUCGGUAAUGCUGGUGAAAUUUUCUACGAACGGACUGGCUCUAAAAUCAAUAGAAUCACAGCAUUGGACCCGGCUGGACCAUGCUUUUCAAACAGUUUGAUACAAGAGCAAAUUAGGUCCGGUGUUGCGGAGUACGUCGAAGUGUACCACUGUAACGCUGGAGGUUUAGGCAGCACCAGUGUGUUGGGAGAUAUAGACUUCUUUGUGAAUAAAAAAGGUCAGAGCCAACCUAACUGUAAAACGCCGUUCUUACCAGGCAUCUUCGACUCUUCGAAAGCCGCCAAAUGUAACCAUAGAGCGUGCAUAGACAUUUGGACAGCCUCUGUAAGUAAUCCCAACUGGUAUUUGGCUUGGAAAUGUGAUUCGUAUAAAAAUUUCAAGAAAGGUCACUGCGCUGGUAAUGAGGUCACUAUUGCCGGUUUCUGGAACCCUGGUAACGCAACUGGUGUUUAUUACUUCUCAACAGAUGGUUAUGAUAUUUAA